ACAAAUGAUUGCGUGCCUUCCGCUACGUAUCGAUCGAUCUCCGGUUGGCUUGGCAUCCCCGUCCCGAAUCCCCGACCCUAUUCAUCCUCAGUCUCCCCCGAUCUUGCAUCCCUCCUUCACCGACGACCGCGGCGACGAGGAAGAAGACCACUUCCGAAUUCUCCCAUUCCCUCCUGCUCCUCCUCUUCUUCUUCCUCGGACCUCUCCUCUCCUCUCCAGUAGGUGGACGAGAGGAGCAAAUAUCUAGCGAGCAGUACCAGCCGUCGCGACCUCCCUCCGUCCAAGGUUUGACUGCCCCAGCCAGGUCCAGUCCACCAAUCUCUUUCACUUCUCCUUUCCCUCCUCCCUCCCGUCAUUGCUUCCGCCCUUUACCUCGUGCCUUCCCGGAUCGGCGCUCCUCCCAGCUCCCGGGACUCCUGCUCCUCCGCCGUGGCCAACAGCGCGCCCAAGAAUCUGAGAAAUACUGCCUUGACACGACAAGGAGCUUAUGGCUAGGACGAAGCUCAGAAUCUGGUGCCUGCCCUUGCUUGCAACACAAAAAUGUUUCUCCUGAAUCUGAAUUCAGAACACUUCUGCCUGCUCUGCCUGCACAGCGAUGAGGUGUCUGCCUUUCUUAAAUGGAGCGGCCAAAACGGAGCAUACAACCACCAAGUCGGCCACAGUGCGGUCCUUCAGCACGACGUCGACGGACCGCGAGACCCGGUCUGGCUCAGAUCUCAACAACCUGAACGCCUCUGACAUGAGCACCGAGUCCAUACGGAGAACACAGUACCCAAGCUUCACCGACCACCCCAGCAACCUCAGGCUGUUCACCUUCUCCGAGCUCAAGAAUGCUACGCGCAACUUCAGCAGGUCGCUCAUGGUUGGCGAGGGUGGGUUUGGGUGUGUGUACAGGGGAGUCAUCAAGAACUCAGAUGAACCGACUGAGCGGAUCGAGAUCGCCGUCAAGCAGUUGAAUCGUAAAGGGGUUCAGGGGCAGAAGGAAUGGUUAACAGAGAUGAAUGUGCUUGGGAUUGUUGAUCAUCCAAAUCUUGUCAAACUAAUAGGGUAUUGCGCUGACGAUGAUGAGCGCGGAAUGCAGCGGCUUCUAGUAUACGAAUAUAUGCCGAACGGAAGUGUGGAUGACCACUUGGCAAGUAGGUCAAAUUCCACUCUAUCAUGGCCAAUGAGAUUAAAAGUAGCUCUUGAUGCUGCUCGAGGGCUGAAGUAUCUGCAUGAAGAAAUGGAUUUUCAGGUUAUUUUCCGAGACCUGAAGACAUCUAACAUUCUAUUAGAUGAGAACUGGAAUGCAAAAUUGUCAGACUUCGGAUUGGCUAGGCAUGGACCACAGGAAGGUCUAUCCCAUGUCUCCACAGCGGUUGUUGGGACUCUAGGAUAUGCAGCGCCAGAGUACAUGCAAACUGGGCGCCUCACUGCAAAAAGUGACAUAUGGGGCUACGGUGUGCUGCUCUAUGAACUCAUCACGGGUCGCCGUCCCAUUGACAGGAACCGCCCAAAGGGCGAGCAGAAGCUCCUGGAUUGGGUGAAACCAUACAUAUCUGACGUCAAACGGUUCCCUAUCAUUGUAGACCCACGGCUGGAGGGACACUACAACCUCAAGUCCAUGACAAAGUUGGCAGGCGUGGCAAACCGCUGUCUACUCCGUAUACCAAAAUCACGCCCAAAGAUGAGUGAGGUGUAUGAGAUGGUUCUGAAGAUUGUCGACAGCGUUGAGAGCGGACCGCCGCAGCCUCCUCUACACUACCAUGGCUCGGUUUCUGAACCGGGCGCAAAGCGGACGAAGAAAGGAUCGUUGAAGAGAAGGUUCCACGAAUUCAAAUUCGGUUCCCGCCUGAUCGUAUGGAGGGGCUGGAAGCCUGAGGUUAUAAAGACCUGCUGAUGAGGUAGUAUGUGGUCCCUGUCUGUAAAGUAUAGCUGUUCAUACGGGUGCACAGUUGAGUUGUGGCGUCUUUUCCUGUAGUUUUCUGUGUAAUACAUCUGAUUUCGUGUGCAUGACCAUCUGAGCUGCGAGCAAAGAUGGUAAUCAGUAGGCCCCUAGUGUUUUUGGUGCAGUUUCA